AUGCCAUUGAUAGGGUUUAAUUGUUUGUGUUCUACUGGAAUUUUCUUUGCUUACUAUGGGAAGGCGAUUUUAGAAGUAGUGGAGGUUGGGUUUCUUCGUUCUGGUGAUUUGAUUUGGAAAAUGGGUGAGAAAUUUUGGGCCAACGAAGAAAACAGGGUUUUGGUUGAAUCAGUUCUUGGUAGUGAAGCUUGCGAGUUCUUGAUCUCGUUGGCAUCUAGCAAUAUCAUGCCACCCGAGGCCUUCCAAUUUUCGAGUGUGAAUCAGGGGCUAACCCAACUUUUGGAUGGUUCAAAUUGGAAUUAUGCAAUCUUUUGGCGUGUGGUUACCUUGAAAUCUGGGGGUUUAGCUUUAAUUUGGGGCGAUGGUGCUUGUCAUGAUUCAAAGAUUGGUAUUCAAAUUUCUGGUGGGGAUACUCAGGGAGAGAAGAAUGAGGAAAUGAAGAAGCAAGUGCUUCAAAUGCUUCAAUCCUCUUUUGGAGGGUCUGAUGAAGAUGGAUUUGGAGCAAGGAAGGAGGAAGCGUCGGAUAUCGAUAUGCUCUAUCGGACUUCGAUGUAUUUCAAGUUUACGUGCGACUCCGGGAGCAGUCUCGGGGCGUCGUACAAUGCUGGUAAGACUAUAUGGGCUUCGGAUUCGUCGAGUUGUAUGCGUAAUUACGAAUCGAGAGGGUUCUUAGCUAAAGUGGCUGGUUUGCAGACGCUGGUCUUUGUACCUGUAAAGUUGGGAGUCGUUGAACUUGGGUCUGUUAAAUCAAUUCCUGAAGAUCAGGGUGUUCUUGAGUUUGGCGGAGUGUCCUGUUCCCUUCUCUAA